AAAUCGGAUAAAAUCACAUUUUCAACAACAUAAUAAAAUGCUCUAUUUAUCCCAUCGUUUCCAUGUUCAUCAAUAAUCAUUUCUCACAAUGCCGAGAUCCCAAUAUCAACGUGCAUCCUUCAUGAUGUUUUGCCGAGGGGAUUUCUCCUCCAUGUUGUGUAUACCAACAAAGUUCAUGACGAAAUUCAGACAAGCUGUGCAGCAUUCAGUAGUUCUAGAAACUGAAUAUUCCCCAACACUUUGGGAUGUGAAGAUCAAAAACUUGAAUUCGGAUUUUUACAUGACAGAUGGUUGGUCGGAAUUCGUGACAGACAACCAACUUGGUGAGCGCGACUUCCUCACUUUCCGUUUGAUGUCUGAAUCAGCUUUCAAGGUUUCCAUUUACAGAGGCGAUGACUGCACAAAACACCUUACUUCUCCCAUGAACUCUCGUCGCAGAGUUGUUGAUGAGGAUGAGAGUGGGAUUAGGAGGGGAAGACGGCCUUGCAAGAGGAAAGGAGGAGCACAAUUCAAAGAGGGCAACCCACUCUGCUUUAAAAUUUGUUUGAAGCCGUAUAACAAAACAAGAAUUAAUCUUCCUCAGAAAUUCUCAAAGGCGGCAAAUAUGAAGGUGAAAAAGCAAGUGAGGAUGGAGUACGUAGGCAACGGCCGCUGUGGCGUGUCUGUUGCGGUGGAUGCUCGGCCGGAGAACUAUCGGGUCGACCUGGGGAAGGGUUGGCCCGAAUUCCGGGUGGCGAACGGCUUAGAGCCCGGAGAUUCGUGCAGUUUUGAAUUCAAUCCCGACGAGGAAGUCAUCUAUGUCAAGGAAGUAUAGUGAUGGCGACGAAGCUAGUUUUCGUCGCCAUAAUUAGGGUUUAGGGUUUUGUGUUGUUUUUGUGCAGCUUCUUCCUGCGACGGGAAUUAAGGGACUAGGUGUAUGUGCUGCGUAGUGUGAUUAAUGUGGUUUUUGUGUCUCAAAGUAUGAUUAAUGGGUUUUGAUUUUUUUGUUUUAUUGAAGGAUUAAUGGGUUUUGGACCUUUUGCUAGAUGAUUUAUAUUAUAUAGUAUAGUUUUUCUAUUGAU